AUUCAUUGCUCUAUGAUUAUUAAAUCUGUCUGAUGUUUCAGAAGUUCUCUGACUGGUGUUUGUUUUUUAGAGAGCAGCGUUUGCUCAUUUCCCUGAGCUCAAUGAUUUUGCCCUGUCUAAUGUGGCCGCAGUGGACACGCGAGAGUCCCUCACCAAACACUUUGGCCAUCUCAGUCCCAACACCCUCCACCGGGUGUCGGCAUACCUGUGUCUCCUCCCUGAGCUUCCUGAUGGAGAAGAUACAUCCUACGAUAAAGAAUUCCUUCUGGAGCUACUGGUGUCCCGCCAUGAGAGACGAAUCUCCCAGAUAGAACAGCUCAACCAGAUGCCUCUGUACCCCACCGAGAAGAUCAUCUGGGACCAGAACAUCGUUCCCACUGAGUACUACUCUGGAGAAGGUUGUUUAGCUCUCCCCAAGCUGAACCUGCAGUUUCUGACCCUGCAUGACUAUCUUUUGAGAAACUUCAACCUCUUCCGUCUGGAGUCCACUUAUGAAAUCCGGCAGGAUAUCGAGGACGUCGUGUUACGGAUGAAACCAUGGCAGUCGGAGUACGGAGGAGUGGUGUUUGGAGGAUGGGCUAGAAUGGCACAGACCAUAGCGUCGUUUUCUAUCGUGGAGGUGGCCAAGCCAAACAUCGGAGAGAACUGGCCUGCCCGCGUCCGUGCUGACGUCACCAUUAACCUCAACAUCCGGAAUAACAUCAAAAACGAGUGGGAGGGUAAAGCUGUCUCUCUCUGUCUCUGCAAGCACUAG